AGAUCAGAAAGGAAGACCGGAAGAAGUUGCAGACAGUUAUGUAAACAAACACACGUUGACAGAAGGAAGUAGAGGACUAAACACGCAUUCAAUCGAGAUGUCUGUAUUGUUAGCCGUGCUGGCAGGUGUCAUCGCUGCAUACAUACUGAUUUAUUACAGUCUGUGUAAAGGAGCCAGAUUUAAGAGCAACGCAACGCUAAAGGGAAGGACGGCAAUUGUUACAGGGAGUAACACAGGUAUUGGUAAAGCAACAGCUUUGGAUUUGGCCAGAAGAGGAGCGAGGGUGAUUCUGGCCUGUCGCAACAAACAAAAAGCUGAAGCGGCUGUGUAUGACAUACGAAGGGAAAGUGGAAACUCGGAGGUGCUGUACAUGCAUUUGGACUUGGCCAGUUUGAAAUCUGUUCGCAGUUUUGCGGAGACUUUCCUUAAAAGUGAACCACGACUAGACUUGCUUAUCAAUAAUGCAGGUCUCAUUGUAUGCGGCAAAACAGAGGAUGGUUUUGGCAUGGCGUUUGGCGUCAAUCACCUGGGUCACUUUUUGCUCACCCUGUUGCUGUUAGAUCGUCUGAAGGAGGCGGAGCACAGCCGUGUAGUCAACGUGUCUGCCUUGCUUCAUCAUCUGGGGUCUCUGGAUUUCAACCUUCUCAACACACAGAAGGAUCUGGUCACCGGCCAGUCGUUCUGGCACGCGUUCAGAGCUUACUGUCACAGCAAACUGUGUAAUGUGCUCUUUACGCGAGAGCUCGCAAACCGCUUGGAGGGGACCAGCGUCACAUGCUAUUGCCUGCAUCCGGGUGUGAUCGCUACUGAGAUUGGCCGGUAUAUGAGGCUGUGGCAAAGGCUGCUUGUCCUGCCCCUGUCAAAGCUGUUUUUCCUUGACGCUGAGGGUGGGGCGCAGACCACCCUUUACUGUGCUUUGCAAGAGGGCCUUGAGCCUCUGAGCGGACGCUUCUUCUCCUCCUGUGCAUUGCAGAGUGUUAGUGCUCUGGGGCGGGACGAUGCCCUGGCAAGGAAGUUGUGGGAAGUCAGCGAGAGGCUGUGUGGCCUGGCGUGAGUGAGAUCUUCCAGGUUUGUGCGACAGUAGAACUCUAAACCACAACUGUCAGCUGUUCAUCUUAGUUAAUUGGGUACAUUUCUGGCCUCUGGGUAAAUAAAGUGUAGCUGAAUUGGAUGGUUUUUAUAAUUCCUAUAUGAUGCUAUAUGAAAUAAUAUCGUUUACAAUGGACACAAGCAACAAAAUAUGCUUGGAGAACCUAAGCUUUCAUGUCUCUAUGAUAUCUCAUAUUAAUUGACAUAAACUAACUAAAUAACUUGUAAAUUAAAUUAAAAUGGGUAGGGCUGGAGUUGGCAUUUAUAUUCACUUUGGAUAAUUAUUUUUGUAUAAUGGAUUUUUUAUAUGUUAUGUUUGUCAUCAACUUUCUGUUUUACUCUUUUACAUAUAAAAGAUGUCAUUUAUCGUCACA